ACGCUGCCAGUGUGACGUAUAAUCUAGUGGACGGUUCUUCAGAAACAGCUCGUCAACCACCUCCGUAGCUUGCUAGCCAACAUAGCCGAAAGAUUCAAGCUAUUUAUACGCUUUCGAUGUAUAUUAGCUACUGUGUUUUAGACACACUUCUGUCGUAUAUACUUGUUAACCUAUUUAAUUUAAUAUUACGUUAUUUUUUAUUAGUCAGCUAUAGUAGCUGGCAGGUUAAGUUAGCUCUAGUCGCUAAUGAUAGCUAGCUAGCUAACAUCACUGACCAUGAGCUCCCUAAACUACUCCGCUCCUGUUAAAGAAGAGGGGAAAUGCUGGAUGGAGAAAGAGGGUCUUUGGCUGAACAUUGUCGUGAAAGAGGAGGAGGAAGAGGAGGAUGUCACAGUAACACAAGUGGAGGGUGAGGCUGUUACAGUGGAAGAAGAAGAGAAAGACGUUUCAGUGAAAGAAGAGGAAGAUGCUGUUUUUGGAGUGAAGAAGGAUGAGGAGAUUACUGUCACAUUGAAAGAUGAAGAGGUGGAGAUAGGAGAUCUGAUUCACUCCAGAGAGAGACAGGACUAUCGUGGAUCCUCUGGGGAGCCUCAACAACCUCAUGAUGCUGACAAGGUAGAGAAGAGUCUCUCCAGAUCAGAACACCUCAAGAAACACCAGCAGAGACCCACAGGGAGGAGAAUUCACUGCUGCUCUGACUGUGGGAAGAGAUUCACCUCCCCAUCAGGCAUUAAAAUUCAUCAGAGAACACACACAGGAGAGAAAUCUUAUAGCUGUGGUCAAUGUGGGAAGAGUUUUAGACAAUCUGGAAGUCUGACAGUGCACCAGAGAACACACACAGGAGAGAAAUCUUAUAGCUGUGGUCAAUGUGGGAAGAGUUUUAGACAAUCUGGAAGUCUGACAGUGCACCAGAGAAUACACACAGGAGAGAAACCUUAUAGUUGUGUUCAAUGUGGGAAGAGUUUUACGACAUCUGGCUCUCUGACUCUCCAUCAGAGAACACACACAGGAGAGAAACCUUAUAGCUGUGGUCAAUGUGGGAAGAGUUUUGUUAAAUCUAGCAAGCUGACUCAACACCAGAGAACACACACAGGAGAGAAACCUUAUAGCUGUGAUCAAUGUGAGAAGAGUUUUACUACAUCUGGCUAUCUGACUCUACAUCAGAGAAUACACACAGGAGAGAAACCGUAUAUAUGUGAUCAAUGUGGGAAGAGUUUUGUUCGAUCUGACCAGCUGACAUUACACCAGAGAACACACACAGGAGAGAAACCUUAUAGUUGUGGUCAAUGUGGGAAGAGUUUUGUUACAUCUAGCUCUCUGACAUUACACCAGAGAACACACACAGGAGAGAAAUCUUAUAGCUGUGAUCAAUGUGGGAAGAGUUUUGUUACAUCUAGCUCUCUGACAUUACACCAGAGAACACACACAGGAGAGAAAUAUUAUAGCUGUGAUCAAUGUGGGAAGAGUUUUACCACAUCUGGCUAUCUGACUCUACAUCAGAGAAUACACACAGGAGAGAAACCCUAUAUCUGUGAUCAAUGUGGGAAGAGUUUUGUUACAUCUAGCUGUCUGACAUUACACCAGAGAACACACACAGGAGAGAAACCUUAUAGUUGUGGUCAAUGUGGGAAGAGUUUUAGUAAUUCUGGUGAUCUGACAGUGCACCAGAGAACACACACAGGAGAGAAACCUUAUAGCUGUGGUCAAUGUGGGAAAAGUUGUAGUAAUUCUGGUGAUCUGACAGUGCACCAGAGAAUACACACAGGAGAGAAACCUUAUAGCUGUGGUCAAUGUGGGAAGAGUUUUGUUUCAUCUAGCAAGCUGACUCAACACCAGAGAACACACACAGGAGAGAAACCUUAUAGCUGUGAACAAUGUGGGAAGAGUUUUGGACAAUCUGGCACUCUGACUCUACACAAGAGAACACACACAGGAGAGAAACCUUAUAGCUGUGGUCAAUGUGGGAAGAGUUUUGUUUCAUCUAGCAAGCUGACUCAACACCAGAGAACACACACAUGAGAGAAAUAUUAUAGCUGUGAUCAAUCUGGCAGUACACAAGAGAACACAUACAGUAGAGAAACCUCUUAGCUGUAACCAGAGAUAAUCUGAUAAAAAAUCUCAGAAAAUACAUACAUGGAGUUGUUUCAUGAUAUCAAUGAAUUAAUGUCACAAUGUAGAAUGUAUUGACAUUGCAGUAGGAGUAUUUUAAUGUCACAAUGUAGAACCCAAAACGCCAUUUCACCAGGAGAGUGAAAUCCUGCUGGCCUUUGAUGGAGAGAACAUCCACAUGGACUUGGGGCUCUGCAUUUUCCCUUAAAUUCCUCAAAAAUGUUAGAAAAACACUUAUGUUCCUAAGUUACUGUGUUUUGGGGUGAAGUUACCAGGGCCGGUCAUAAAGAUGGCAAACUUCCUAACAUAACUAAGUGGAUAUGAUAUACACACAAGCUGAAAAAUCUGCAUUUAGCAUCAAGUCUACAAUAUUGUUAGUUUACCUAUGAUUCUUUUAAUUUGUUUGUAUUGUACAUCAUUAUUUCUAAAAUGUUUAAAUGUCAUUAAAAGCAUAUACAAAGUAAAUGUAUUAUGGUCUGACAUGUCUGCAGAAAAGUUGCAUUUUUGUCAUGUUUUGUAAAUAUCAAUUCACAUUUGUUGUGCCA